UUCUCUCUCUCUUUCCACUAUCUCUGAUAAUCAAGUAGGAGUGAACGUGUAAGUAUCUAUUUGAGUAAGGCAAAAGCAACGAUAAGAAGAGAAAAGAAAAGAAAGAGAGAAAAAAGUUUCCCCUUUUUUCUUCUUCUUUUUCAUUUAGAUCAAAGAAAUGCAGUCUAUGGCACCAUACUACCCUUCUAAUUAUGCAACUUCUUCCCCAUACCAACCUGCUACUCCAAGUACACCGGUAAACACUACGCCUUCAGCAGUGGAAUCUGCUGGCAACGGACCUAUUAUCGCUGUACCUGGCACCGCACAACCAUUGGCCACUCCAAGUGCUCCUUUCCCAAAGUCUGAUACACCAAAGAGAAACCAGGUCAAAAACGCAUGUACCAAUUGUCAAAAAGCUUGCAAGAAGUGUGACGAUGCAAGACCUUGCCCACGUUGUCGAAAGUAUGGUAUUGCAGAUUCUUGCGUAAAUUCAGUCAGAAAAGAGCGCAAGAAAGGAAUUAAGCGUGGUCCAUACAAGAGAAGACAAAAAGCAGGCGAAGAACAAGUCAAGAAUCAACAACAGCAGCAGCAACAGCAAACAGCCUUCAAUUCUACAGCCACUCCUCCAGCAGCAAUGGGAACGCCAGUUGCUUCUACUAAUCCUGUUGAAGGCCUCGCACAUCCUCCAUCAGCCGCUGCCAGUGUAGCUACAACUCCUACCGGAGGUGCUUCUGUUCCUGACUUUGGCUAUCCUACCCAAUUGAGUCAGUAUGCUCAAAAUUAUGACUCUUACAAUUAUGCUGUCAAUGCAGUCUAUAACAACAAUAGUGGUAAUGAUGCAAACAACAACAGUAGCAACAGUAAAGACCACACUCUUUUAUCUGCUCAAUAUGUGAUCAAUCCUGUCUACCCAUCUUAUCCUGCUCCUGUCUUGGUCAGUGGUAGCAAUAAUAGUAACGAGACUGGCAAUAAUGUCCAGAACAAUACCGAGACAAACAAUGCGACUGAAAACAACCCAAACAGUUCUUCCGAUUCUAACAACUAUCAUCAAGCAAUUCAAGGUAUUCUUGAAAGCGCUUUUGAAGCUAAAGGAAGUAAUGGGGAAAAGAAACAAUCCAUGACGCCUGCUACAAGUGCUUCAGGCACUGCUUCUCCAGCUACCACAGAUCAACACGAAAGCUUAUCUCGCUUGAGUCAAUUGUGUACUGCUGCUCUUCGCGAAAACAAGCAAAACGAAGAAACCAAGGUUGAAACUACUCAAGUAAAUAAUGAAGCCGAUUAAAUUGUUUCUAUUACUCUUUUCUCUUUCUCUCUCUUUUUUUUUCUCUGCAUGGAAUCAAAUAAAUUUCUUUUAAACUU